GCCGGCCGGGCCCCCCCAGCCGGCGAAUGGCGGCUCGUUGAGGCGGCGGCGGCGGGCGCGGCGGGCGCGGCGCGGCGGCUCCGGGGUGAUGCUGCUGAAGCUGCUGCAGAGACAGACCUACACCUGCCUGUCCCACAGGUAUGGGCUCUACGUCUGCUUCGUGGGCGUCGUGGUCACCAUCGUGUCCGCCUUCCAGUUCGGAGAGGUGGUUCUGGAAUGGAGCCGGGAUCAGUACCAUGUUUUGUUUGAUUCCUAUAGAGACAAUAUUGCUGGAAAGUCCUUUCAGAAUCGGCUCUGUCUGCCCAUGCCGAUUGAUGUGGUCUACACUUGGGUGAAUGGCACGGAUAUGGAACUCCUGAAGGAGCUGCAACAGGUCAGAGAGCAGAUGGAGGAGGAGCAGAAAGCAAUGAGAGAAAUCCUUGGGAAGAAUGUAACAGAGCCAACGAAGAAGAGCGAGAAGCCGUUGGAAUGUCUGCUGACGCACUGCGUUAAGGUGCCGAUGCUUGUCCUCGACCCACCCCUGCCACCCAACUGCACCCUCAAGGACCUGCCAUCUCUUUAUCCUUCUUUUCACUCUGCCAGUGAUAUAUUCAAUGUUGCAAAACCAAAAAACCCUUCCACUAACCUUUCGGUGGUUGUCUUCGACAGUACCAAGGAGGUUGAAGAUGCCCAUGCUGAACUGUUUAAAGGAAACAGCAGACAGACAGUUUGGAGGGGUUACUUGACAACAGAUAAAGAAGUCCCUGGGUUAGUGCUGAUGCAAGACUUGGCCUUUCUGAGUGGAUUUCCUCCAACAUUCAAGGAGACAAGUCAGCUGAAGACAAAAUUGCCAGAAAACCUUUCUUCUAAAAUAAAGCUGUUGCAGUUGUAUUCAGAGGCCAGUGUAGCCCUUCUAAAAUUGAAUAACCCUAAAGGUUUCCAAGAACUGAAUAAACAAACUAAGAAGAAUAUGACCAUCGAUGGGAAAGAGCUGACCAUAAGUCCUGCAUAUUUGUUAUGGGAUCUGAGUGCCAUCAGUCAGUCCAAGCAGGAUGAAGACGUUUCUGCCAGUCGUUUUGAAGAUAAUGAAGAGCUGAGAUACUCAUUGCGAUCUAUUGAGAAACAUGCACCAUGGGUUCGGAAUAUUUUUAUUGUCACCAAUGGGCAGAUUCCUUCCUGGCUGAACCUUGACAAUCCUCGAGUGACAAUAGUAACACACCAGGAUGUUUUUCGGAAUUUGAGCCACUUGCCUACUUUUAGUUCACCUGCUAUUGAAAGUCACAUUCAUCGCAUUGAAGGGCUGUCACAGAAGUUUAUUUACCUAAAUGAUGAUGUCAUGUUUGGGAAAGAUGUCUGGCCAGAUGAUUUUUACAGCCACUCCAAAGGUCAGAAGGUUUACUUGACGUGGCCCGUGCCGAACUGUGCCGAGGGCUGCCCAGGCUCCUGGAUUAAAGAUGGCUACUGUGAUAAGGCUUGUAAUAAUUCAGCCUGUGAUUGGGAUGGUGGUGAUUGCUCUGGUAACAAUGGAGGCAGUCGCUAUGUUGCAGGAGGUGGGGGUACCGGAAGUAUUGGGAUUGGACAGCCCUGGCAGUUUGGAGGAGGAAUAACCAGCGUCUCUUACUGUAACCAAGGCUGUGCAAAUUCCUGGCUUGCUGACAAAUUCUGUGACCAAGCCUGCAAUGUCUUGCCCUGUGGGUUUGAUGCUGGUGACUGUGGACAAGAUCAUUUUCAUGAGAUGUAUAAAGUAACUCUUCACCCAAACCAGACUCACUAUGUUGUCCCAAAAGGUGAAUACCUGCCUUACUUCAGCUUUGCAGAAAUGGCAAAAAGAGCUGUGGAAGGUGCCUAUGGGGAUAAUCCAAUAAUUCGACAUGCUUCUAUUGCCAAUAAGUGGAAAACUAUUCACCUCAUAAUGCACCGUGGAAUGAACGCCACCACGAUACACUUUAAUAUCACAUUUCAAAAUACAAAUGAUGAAGAGUUCAAAGUCCAGAUCGUAGUAGACGUGGACACAAGAGAAGGACCAAAACUGAACGCUACAACUCUGAAGUCUUAUGAAACCUUAGCUAGCACUGUGACACUUCUUCCAGAGGCAGAGAUCCCUUUUGAGGAUGUUCCAGAAGAAAAACGUUUUCCGAAGGUUAAAAGACAUAAUAUCACGAGAUUCCAAGAGGAGAUGAAAAUCCCUGUGGUAAAUAUUUCACUCCUUCCAGAAGAAACCCAGUUGAGUCUCAGCAACUUGGAUUUACAACUGGAAAAUGGAGACAUUACUUUGAAAGGAUACAACUUUUCCAAGUCAGCCUUGCUGAGGUCAUUCCUGAUGAACAUAAAGGAUUCUAAUGUUAAAAAUCAAGUUCUGAUAACAGAUGAAAUAAGUGACCAUGUAAAGGGUCCACCAGAAAAACUGGUUUCCAAAAGCAGAGACAGUUUGGGAGCUUCUCAAAGAUUACAGAGGUCAACUUCCACAACAAGGACAGCAAAAACGAGCAGUCAGCACCAGGAUCAAAGUCCCCCCCUAGUCUUGGAAACUAAAGCGGAAUUUAAAUUGGAAACUCAGAGGCAAAGUAUAAUAGGUGGGAAUGCAUCCAGAGAAAAACUAUCAUCUCUGAUUAUCCCACCUGACGCCCGUGUGACAAAACAAGAGCUCCCAGGGAAAGACAAGAACAACAGAGCAGAAGAGAAUGCUGACAAUCACCUAGGUAGUGAAGAAGUAUUGCCUGGAAGAAAGUUACAGCAGUAUACUGGGAGUUACCCAGGCUUUUUGCCAUGGGAGAAAAGAAAGUAUUUCCAAGAUCUUCUUGAUGAAGAAGAAUCGCUGAAGACUCAGUUGGCGUACUUCACUGAUAGCAAACAGACCGGGAGACAACUAAAAGAUACGUUCGCAGAUUCACUCCGAUAUGUCAAUAAAAUUCUAAACCGCAAGUUUGGGUUCACAUCCCGGAAAGUCCCUGCACACAUGCCUCACAUGAUUGACCGGAUGGUCAUGCAAGAGCUGCAGGAUAUGUUCCCUGAAGAAUUCGACAAGACCUCGUUCCACAAAGUGCGCCAUUCUGAGGACAUGCAGUUUGCCUUCUCUUAUUUUUAUUAUCUCAUGAGUGCAGUUCAGCAACUGAAUAUAUCUCAAGUCUUUGAUGAAGUUGAUACCGACCAAUCUGGUGUCUUGUCAGACAGGGAAAUUCGAACACUGGCUACCAGAAUUCAUGACCUGCCUUUAAGUUUACAGGAUCUGACAGGUCUGGAGCACAUGUUAAUAAAUUGCUCAAAAAUGCUUCCUGCUAAUGUUACCCAGCUAAACAAUAUUCCUCCAACUCAGGAAGCAUACUAUGAUCCCAAUCUGCCACCAGUCACUAAAAGUCUAGUUACCAACUGCAAACCAGUAACUGACAAAAUCCACAAAGCUUACAAGGACAAGAACAAAUAUAGGUUUGAAAUAAUGGGAGAAGAAGAAAUUGCUUUCAAAAUGAUCCGCACCAAUGUCUCUCAUGUGGUUGGCCAGCUGGAUGACAUACGGAAAAACCCCAAGAAGUUUGUUUGCCUGAAUGACAACAUCGACCAUAAUCAUAAGGAUGCCCAGACCGUGAAGGCUGUUCUCAGGGACUUCUAUGAAUCCAUGUUCCCCAUCCCCUCCCAGUUUGAGCUGCCGAGAGAGUACCGGAACCGUUUCCUUCACAUGCAUGAGCUGCAGGAAUGGAGGGCAUAUCGGGACAAACUGAAGUUUUGGACCCACUGUGUACUAGCGACAUUGAUUAUAUUUACUAUAUUCUCAUUCUUUGCUGAACAGCUGAUUGCUCUUAAGCGAAAGCUAUUUCCCAGGAGGAGGAUACACAAGGAAGCUAGUCCCAAUCGGAUCAGGGUAUAGACCAUCUUCGUUUGAAAGUCAUCUACCUCAGCAUUUACUGAGUAACCUAGCAUCCUGAAACUCAGCACCACAGGGACACCUUCAUGCUGUGACACUUGGUCGGAGGAAGGAAAACAUCUAGAACCGUGCCGUUCUGUGGCACAGACAAGCCCAUUGCCCCCAAAUUACUGAAUUAACACACUGAAAUGAUGUUACUUUUAAGACAUUUGCCCAUGGACCUGUCACUCUCUUUCUAAAAAGCCUCACUGCCUAGCUGCUACUUUCCUACCACCGCCAUUGUAUACUAAUAGAAUCCCAGGCCAGUUUGGGAGCAAUUGCUGAGAGACGCCAGUCUUUGCAUUCCAAAGCCUUUUGCUAUAGCUUUUCACUUUGGUUUUCUUUUUUCCAUGUCUCAUUUUGAAAAUAAGUAGCUACUAAGUUAGCUUGUUUUCUUGCUUCUGAAAAUAAUGAAUUAGAUGUCUAAACAUGUUUUUAUAGAUGUUAUCUAAAUAAUGCUGUAACAUUACCUCCUAGUGGCAAUAUCUGAAUUGGUUUAUUAUUAACUGUUGAGUGGUCUUGAACCAUGAAUAAUUACUAAAGAGCUCAGUGACUGACAUUGGAAAUACUUUGUUGUAUUUGCUUAUGUUAGUCCCUAAGAAUACUGUGAUUUUGUGUGCAGGCCUAAUUACAAAGGGCUAGAGUUAAGUAGCCGUGCUACUUACCAGAUGUAAUUAUGUUUGUUAGAUGUAUAUAUUCAAACAGAAGUGCCUCAUUUUAGAAAUGAGUAGUGCUGAUGGCACUGGCACAAAACUGUGUGUCUACUUUAACAUCCAUCCACAUGCUCUAGUGUGUACACACCCUUGCAAGCCACCGCCUACCCCGAUUGGCUUUGUAUAGACCAAAAGUCAGCCAACUGUAAAAGGCCAAAAUACUUGCAGAACACAUGUGCCUCUGUCACAUUUUCUUCGGUGUUGUUUGGUUAGUGUUUUAAUUUUCUUUUAACAACACUAUACAAAUGUAAACCCUAUGUUUCCCUUGCCUCUACCAAAAUGGGUCAUCAUCUGGAUUUGAUUCACAGGCCAUCAUUGGCAGAGCACAGAAAAUUAGCAUUGUUUUCAUGUAUGAGUAAAUCCUCUGUUCAGCCAUGGUUUGUUAUGACAUUAUAUAGUGGAUUCCAUGAGUCCCUUUUGAAUUCUGACAGUUAUUUUAGAUCAUGAUCUCAACAGUAUUCUCCCAAAUGGCACACAUAUUUUGUAAAAAGAACUUGAAAUGUAAAUACUGUGUUUGUGCUGUAAAAGUUACAUAUUUCAAAAAUGAAAGUCUCACAGAAAGUUAA